AAGAGCCAAGAUAACUGACAACUUCAUCAGUAGUAAUUCAACUCAUCUACCGAACUCAUCAUCAACAAUGAAUACUUUUUUAAUCGUGAGUCUUGCCAUGAUGGCAAUAACAAGUGCUGCUGUAUUACCAUCACAACCAAUUGCAAUUCUUCGUCAAGUUCAAGACGUUACUUUUGAUGGAGGAUUUGUAAAUCAAUUUGAAACUGAAAAUGGUAUAUCUGUCAAUGAAAAAGGAAUUGUUAAAAAUGCUGGAUCUGCUAAUCCAAUAUCUGAAGUUACUGGUACAUCUUCAUGGACUGCUCCAGAUGGUACACCAAUUGAAAUUAAAUAUAUUGCCAAUGAAAAUGGUGCCCAAUUCAGUGGAGCUAGUGUACCAAAAAUUCCACCAGCAAUUCAAAGAGCACUUGAAUGGAUUCAAGCACAUCCAUAUGUUGAACCAGCACAGAAGAAAUUUUAAUAAUAUACCUUUUUUAAAUAUCAACAUUUAAGAUAUAUAAUAUGUUUUUUUUCAACUAAUUGAAAUUUAUUUCAU